AUAGCUACGUUUCGGACAGUCAAGCAGACUUUGACAGCCAAAUGGAUAGUCAACCAAAUUUUGAUAUUCAAAUGGAUAGUCAACCAUACUUUGACAGUGAAGUGGACAGUCAACCAUAUAUUGACAGCCAAUAUAAUGCAAUUGUUGAAGAUACUCCAGAAUCAUUAUGGGAUUGUCCAUCUCGAAUUCCUCCAAGGAAAAAGUUGACAAAAGCAAGGAAUCAUAUAGCAAUGCCCCAAGACAUUCCAUUACCUAAAAAAGAAGGGAACGUUGUCUGCCAAAUAUGUGAAAUUCCUGGACAAUUAGCUACUAUAUGCCCACACCGAUAUGCAGUAACUUGUCAACUGUGUAACCAUGAGGGUCAUACUGCAAAAGUUUGUCCAAAUCGUUACCUUCCAUGUGAAGUCAUGUCAAACACAUCCACAACACCUGUUGAGUCCUCUGAAACUAUCACAAAGAUUUUAGGUAAUGGUCGUUGGCGUCUCAAAUUUACGAAAAAGUCUUGGGAUGAGGCAGCUGAAAAAUUACGUUCUAUUCAAGAACCAUAAUAUCUUUACUUUACCCAUAUAUAUUCUGCAAUAUAUUGUCUAAUUUCCC